UCAAAAAGUAACUAAGCCUUGGAAAUGCUGUCACUUUUUCCAUUUAAAAAAUAAAUAAAUCUUCGAUUAAAUUGGAGCGUUAAAUUUACAAAUUUACUAAAAAUCAUGGAUAAACCAGUGGUUCAUGGUCGCGUUAUUAAAAUACUUGGCCGCACUGGCUCUCAGGGUCAGUGUACACAGGUCAGAGUGGAGUUUCUGGGCGAGCAAAAUCGUCAGAUAAUACGCAAUGUGAAGGGACCCAUACGCGUGGGUGACAUUCUCACACUUUUGGAGUCGGAACGCGAAGCCAGAAGGCUUCGCUAGAAGAGCACAAUGCAGCAGAUGCCCUGGCAGGCUUCAAAUGUAUUUAAAGAUAUCUUUGGCGCCUCGGGCAAUACAAAAACCAUAAAACAAAUGCGGAAAUCGAUAAUUAAAGACACCGAUUAAGUAUGUCUCCCAGUAAGAGAUAGUCAAAGAUUAUCAUAUUUAAAUGAUUGUUUUAUUACUCUCAUAAUUCAUAGUGCUCCAUCAUAAAGAAUUAAAAAUGAUUGAUUAAUUCAA